AAUCCAGGCUUUUCCUUUUUUUUUUUUUUACCUUUUAUUUUCGAUGGAGAAGAAGAACAUCAAGACACUAGCUAGCUCCGGAGCUUAAAAAAAAGACCCCCUCUUCCAUCAAUAAAGCAUUUUCUUUUUUAUUUUUAUUUCCUCACUUCCUCUUCUUCUUCUUCCUCUUCUUAUUUUUUGUUUUAAUUGAAGUGUUUUAAGUUGGGAAAUGGCAUCCCCAAAACAACUCCUCUCCACCAUCGAAUCCACACUUCUAAGUCCUUCGCCACCGUCAGCGGCGGAGAGAGUCGAACUAAUGCACGCUAUUCGCAGCUCUCUCCCGUCUCUGCAAGCGCUCCUCUUCUACCCGCCUCCCAAACCAUCGGACCGCGCGCAAGUCGUCCAGUCGAAAGAAGUUAGGCUGCCGGAUUCACCAGCAAUCUCACUAGAUGAUCAGGAUGUGCAAAUUGCAUUGAAAUUGAGUGAUGACCUCCAUCUUAACGAAAUAGAGUGUGUUCGAUUGCUGGUUUCUGCCAAUCAAGAGUGGGGUUUAAUGGCACGGGAGCCAUUAGAAAUUCUGCGGCUUGCAGCAGGACUUUGGUACACCGAGAGAAGAGAUCUAAUAACAGCCCUGCAUAUGCUAUUAAGGGCUGUAGUGCUUGAUCGAGGACUUGAAGAUGAUAUCGUGUCAGACAUCCAGAAGUAUCUUGAAGAUCUAAUCAAUGGUGGGCUUCGACAGCGAUUGAUUUCUCUAAUAAAGGAACUCAAUCUGGAAGAACCAGCUGGUUUUGGUGGGCCUCUUUGUGAGCAUUAUGUCCUUGAUUCUAGAGGUGCUCUUGUUGAGCGUCGAGCUGUGGUUUGUAGAGAGAGAUUGAUACUUGGACAUUGCCUUGUCCUCUCUGUUCUGGUUGUGCGGACAAGUCCAAAAGAUGUAAAGGAUAUUUUUAAUUGUUUAAAAGAUAGUGCAGCUGAACCUAUGGAGGGCACCAACACAUUAAAACAUCAGAUUACAUUCAGUCUGCUUUUUUCUCUUGUAAUUGCCUUCAUAUCAGAUGCUCUGAGUGCCGUUCCUGAUAAAGGAUCUAUCCUGUCUCAUGAUGCUUCUUUUAGAAAAGAAUUUCAUGAAAUUGUGAUGGCUGCUGGAAACAAUCCAAACGUGGAGGGCUUUGUUGGUGUUGUAAGACUUGCUUGGUGUGUGCAUUUGAUGUUAAUAAAUGAUGGCGUUUCAGCUUCUUCAUCAAAUAAUUCAGGCUAUGUAAAUUCGUGCCUUGAAUUCAUUUUCUCACAAAAUGUUUUUCAGUUUUUACUGGAUAACAUUCUUCGAACUGCAGCCUACCAGAAUGAUGACGAGGAUAUGAUCUACAUGUACAAUGCUUAUAUGCACAAGCUGACUACUUGCUUACUCUCUCACCAACUUGUGAGGGACAAGGUAAAAGAAUCUAAGGACAAGGCAAUGAGCACGCUCAACUCAUACCGUUUGGCUGUUUCACAAGAUCUUAUGCAUGAUAGCAACCCGGAUUCACAACAGGCCACCGAAACUGGUCCUCUGCUGUUUGUCUCUCUGCUGGAGUUUGUGAGCGAAAUUUAUCAGAAAGAACCAGAGCUAUUGUCUGGCAAUGAUGUUUUGUGGACAUUUGUCAAUUUUGCUGGAGAGGAUCAUACUAAUUUUCAAACACUUGUAGCCUUUUUAAAAAUGCUGAGUGCUCUGGCUUCAAGUCAAGAAGGUGCUGCAAAGGUUUAUGAGUUACUUCAGGGAAACGCCUUCCGUUCUGUUGGGUGGAGCACUUUGUUUGAUUGCUUAACAAUAUAUGACGAGAAGUUCAAACAGUCAGUUCAGACUGCUGGAACCAUGCUACCAGAGUUUCAGGAAGGGGAUGCAAAAGCACUGGUUGCAUAUCUGGAUGUUCUUCAAAAGGUUAUUGAAAAUGGAAAUCCUGUGGAUAGAAAAAACUGGUUUCCUGACAUUGAACCAUUGUUCAAGCUCCUUAGUUAUGAAAAUGUGCCUCCAUAUUUGAAGGGUGCUCUGCGGAAUGCUAUAGCUACUUUUGUUCAUGUCUCUCCAGUCCUAAAAGAUGCUAUUUGGAGUUAUCUUGAGCAGUAUGAUUUACCUGUGGUUGUUGGGGCUCAGGUUGGAAACAUUGCACAGCCGACAGGAACACAGGUUUAUGAUAUGCAAUAUGAGUUGAAUGAAAUAGAAGCAAGGAGAGAACGAUAUCCUUCGACAAUAUCUUUCCUUAACUUGUUAAAUGCUCUUAUUGGUGAGGAAAAAGAUGUGAGCGAUAGAGGGCGUAGAUUUAUAGGCAUCUUUAGGUUCAUAUGUGAUCAUGUCUUUGGGCCAUUCCCUCAGAGAGCCUAUGCAGAUCCUUGCGAGAAAUGGCAGUUAGUUGUUUCUUGUCUUCAACAUUUUCACAUGAUGUUGAGCAUGUAUGAAAUUGAAGAUAAGGACAUUGACAGUGUUGUUGACCUGUCACAGCUUUCAACAGGCACACAACCAUCUUCGCUUCAGAUGCAGCUUCCGGUCUUAGAGUUGUUAAAAGAUUUCAUGAGUGGCCGGAUUGUUUUUCGAAAUAUCAUGGGCAUCCUUCUGCCAGGGGUAAAUUCUAUUAUCACUGAACGGACUUCUCAAAUUUAUGGGCAACUGCUUGAAAAGGCUGUACAACUUUCUUUGGAGAUUAUAAUUCUUGUCCUUGAAAAGGAUUUACUAGUUUCUGAUUAUUGGCGUCCUCUAUACCAGCCUUUGGAUGUUAUUCUUUCACAAGAUCAUAAUCUAAUUGUGGCAUUGCUGGAGUAUGUCAGAUAUGAUUUUCUACCCAAAAUUCAGCAAUGCUCAAUCAAAAUCAUGAGUAUUCUAAGUUCCCGUGUGGUGGGGCUCGUACAGUUACUGUUGAAAUCCAAUGCUGCAAACUCUUUGGUUGAGGAUUAUGCAGCCUGCCUUGAGGUACGAUCAGAAGAAUGUCAGAUUAUAGAGAACAAGGUUGAUGAUCCAGGGGUUCUGAUAAUGCAGCUCCUAAUAGAUAACAUUAGUCGGCCAGCUCCAAAUGUUACACAUUUACUGCUUAAAUUUGAUAUUGACCACGCAGUUGAGCGGACAGUUCUGCAACCAAAGUUUCACUACAGUUGCUUGAAGGUUAUUCUUGAAAUAUUGGACAGACUUUUAAAACCUGAAAAGAAUGCAAUGCUUCAUGAGUUUGGUUUUCAGCUCCUUUAUGAGUUGUCCGUGGACCCGCUUACAUGUGGCCCUACCAUGGAUUUGCUGAGCAAGAAAAAGUAUCAAUUCUUUGUAAAGCACCUUGAUACUAUUGGUAUUGCUCCGCUUCCUAAACGGAAUAGCAAUCAGCCACUUCGCAUCAGCUCCCUUCACCAGAGAGCAUGGCUCUUGAAGCUUUUAGCUGUAGAAUUGCACUCUGGUUAUGUGGGUGGCCCCUCUCAUCGAGAAGCAUGUCAGACCAUACUUGCUCAUCUUUUUGGACGGGAUGUAAUUGAAAGUGGGCCUGAUCAUGUAGUUUAUGAUUCCGUUAUACUUCGAAACGGCACUGAGCAUGUUGGAACCCAGACAAUAAGCAAGAAUAAGGUUUUGGAGUUGCUCGAGGUUAUCCAAUUUCGAUCUCCUGAUACUACCAUGAAGCUUUCUCAGAUUGUUUCCAAUAUGAAGUAUGAUUUGAUGGCGGAGGAAAUACUUGGAGAUCCAAGAACUUCAGGAAGGGGCGGUAUCUACUACUAUUCAGAGCGCGCUGAUCGUCUGAUUGACCUUGCUUCUUUCCGUGAUAAGCUUUGGCAGAAAUUCAAUUCAGUCUAUCCCCAGUUAAGUAACUUUGAAAAUGAAGCUGAACUCAAUGAUGUAAGAGAGACAAUUCAACAGUUAUUGAGAUGGGGGUGGAAGUAUAAUAAGAACCUUGAGGAACAAGCUGCCCAACUUCAUAUGUUAACUGGCUGGUCACAUAUUGUUGAGGUGUCUGCAUCCAGAAGAAUACAUUCACUUGAAAAUCGAUCUGACAUUUUAUAUCGGGUUCUUGAUGCCUCUCUAAGUGCUUCUGCUUCUCGAGACUGUUCAUUGAGGAUGGCAUUUGUAUUGAGUCAGGUUGCACUAACAUGCAUGGCUAAACUACGUGAUGAAAGGUUCUUGUGCUCUGGUGGUUUAAAUUCAGAUAAUAUGACAUGUCUUGAUGUUAUAACGGCAAAGAAACUAUCAAAUGGUGCCUGUCACUCAAUAUUAUUUAAGCUUAUAAUGGCAAUUCUGAGAAAUGAAUCAUCAGAAUCUCUUAGAAGACGUCAAUAUGCAUUGCUGCUCGGCUAUUUUCAGUAUUGUCAGCAUAUGCUUGAUCCAAAUAUCCCAACAUCAGUUAUGCAAUUUUUGAUGCUCGAGGAGCAAGAUAGUGAAGAUCUAGAUUUCCAGAAAAUUGACAAAGAUCAGGCAGAACUAGCUCGUACCAAUUUUUCAAUUAUGAGGAAAGAAGCUCAGGCCAUCUUGGAUUUGGUAAUAAAUGAUGCAACUAAAGGAAGCGAACCUGGGAAGACAAUAGCGCUGUAUGUUCUGGUUGCAUUAAUAUGUAUUGACCAUGAGAGAUACUUCUUAAGCCAACUUCAAAGUAGAGGAUUUUUAAGGACUUGCCUAACGAGCAUCAGCAAUUUUUCAAACCAGGAUGGCGGGCAUUCAUUGGAUUCAUUGCAGCGGGCAAGUACCCUUGAGGCUGAAUUGGCAUUACUGUUGAGGAUUAGCUACAAAUAUGGGAAAUCUGGGGCCCAGGUUUUGUUUUCCAUGGGUGCCUUGGAGCAUCUUGCAUCAUGCAGGGCAGUCAGUUUACAGGGAUGUUUGAGGCGGUUUGACCGAAAGCUUCGUCGAGAUGUUUCUGUAGAUUUUGACAAACAAUGCAUGAUUGUAACACCUAUGUUGAGAUUGUUGUUUUCUUUGACGUCAUUGGUUGAUACAUCUGAUAUAUUCGAGGUGAAGAAUAAAAUUGUUCGUGAAGUUAUAGAUUUUGUAAAAGGACAUCAGAUGCUGUUUGAUCAAAUUCUUCGUGAAGAUAUUUCCACAGCUGAUGAAUUGACUGUGGAGCAGAUCAAUCUUGUUGUUGGCAUACUUUGUAAGGUAUGGCCCUAUGAAGAGAGUGACGAGUUUGGUUUUGUUCAAGGUCUUUUCAGUAUGAUGCGUGCUCUUUUUUCUUGUGACUCUGGAGCUCCUACUGUUGGUAAAUUGGCCCAAUCUUCUGAGGUAUCUCAGAAUAAAAGCAAGGUAGAACUGAACUCGUUUCGGCUAUGCUUCAGUCUGGGCUCUUACCUAUAUUUCUUAGUCACAAAAAUGUCUCUGAGACUCCAGGUCUCAGACAGCUCCAUAGAUUACCAUUCCCCUGCUAUGCUGCAGCAGCCCACAUUGAUGUUACUUGACUCUCUCCUCCGUUCAGUUGCAACUUCCCUUGAAAUGGCCGCUGAGGAGAAAUCCUUACUUCUUAAUAAGAUUCAAGAUAUAAAUGAACUGUCAAGGCAGGAGGUGGAUGAAAUUAUCAACAUGUGUGUUAUGCAAGAGUCUGUUUCUUCAUCCGAUGACAUACAGAAGAGGAGGUAUAUCGCAAUGAUGGAAAUGUCCCGUGUAGCUGGUGAAAGAGAUCAGCUAAUUACAUUGUUACUUCCACUUGCAGAACAUGUGCUGGAUAUCAUCCUUGUCCAUUUUCGUGAAGGGUCCAUGGCAUCUGAUAAUAGUGGAGCUACAAAAGCAGUUACAUUUGGCACACACUCUGACCCCAGACAGGAUCUAUCUUGGAUGUGCGGGAUGUUGGUUCCCACGUUAGAACGACUUGAACUGUUGAGUGAGGAUAAGGUCGGCCACAAUCUGAAGGUGUUUCGAAGAUUGGUGACAUCCCUUAAAGAAAUGGCAAUCCAAAACCUGGCUUUAUGAGAUUACCUCAGGCUGUGAAAAGAUGUCGUGACGUAGCUGAGUCAAAUUUUAUGUUGUGGUUAAUGUUUUCUUGAGGUUAGCUUUUCGGCUUUGUAAAUCUGCAAAAUUAUAAUCUAUAAUCAUAUGUUGUAUUAGGCUGAUGCAAUACUAUCUUAGGAUUUUUGUAUUCUUGUACACGAGCAAUCUUCUCAAGUCUACUUUCAAAUGCUCAAGUAAAGUCCUAUUGGUAUCAUUAAUUAAUAUGCUUUGUCAUCA